GACAGGGAAGUGAUGGAGGAAUGUUUACAAGGACAGGGAAGUGCUGGAGGAAGGUUCACAAGGACAGGGAAGUGCUGGAGGAAGGUUCACAAGGACAGGGAAAUGCUGGAGGAAGGUUCACAAGGACAGGGAAGUGAUGGAAAAGUUCAUAAGGAUGGAUGUGAUGGAAAAGUUCACAAGGACAGGGAAGUGCUGGAGGAUGGUUCACAAGGACAGGGAAGCGCUGGAGGAAAUUUCACAAGGACAGGGAAGUGAUGGAAAAGUUCACAGGACAGCGAAGCGCUGGAGGAAGGUUCACAAGGACAGGGUAGUGAUGGAGGAAGGUUCACAAUGACAGGAAAGGUAGACGAAGGUUCACAAGGACAGGGAAGUUGUGGAAAACUUCACAAGGACAAGGAAGUGAUGGAAAAGUUCACAAGAACAGGGAAGUGCUGGAAAAGUUCCCAAGGACAGGGAAGAUGGAGGAAGGUUCACAAGGACAGGAAAGUGAUGGAAAAGUUCACAAGGACAGGGACGUGCUGGAGGAUGGUUCACAAGGACAGGGAAAUGCUGGAGGAAGGUUCACAAGGACAGGGAAGAUGGAGGAAGGUUCACAAGGAUAGGGAAAUGCUGGAGGAAGGUUCACAAGGACAGGGAAAUGCUGGAGGAAGGUUCACAACGACAGGGAAGAUGGAGGAAGGUUCACAAGGACAGGGAAGUGAUGGAGGAAGGUUUACAAGGACAGGGAAGCACUGGAGGAAGGUUCACAAGGACAGGGAAGUGCUGGAGGAAGUUCACAAGGACAGGGAAGUGAUGGAGAAAGGUUCAGAAGGACAGGGAAGUGAUGGAAAAGUUCACAAGGACAGAGAAGUGAUGGAGCAAGGUUUACAAGGACAGGGAAGAUGGAGGAAGGUUCAUAAGGACAGGGAAGCGAUGGAGGAAGGUUCCCAAGGACAGGGAAAAUGGAGGAAUGUUCACAAGGACAGAGAAGUGCUGGAGGAAGUUUCACAAGGGCAGGGAAGAUGGAGGAAGGUUCACAAGGACAGGGAAGAUGGAAGAAGGUUCACAAUGACAGGGUAGUGAUGGAGGAAGUUUCACAAUGACA